AAUUAAAAAGUAAAAUAAUUAACAUUAAAAAACUUUUAAUUUGGAAUAACCAAUGAACCAUUUUGUUCACAUUAACCAAACAGUCUGGGUCAUUUCCUUGGGGUUUGAAAACAUUCCUCAGACUCAGCAUACCGAUUCUGACUCUGAGCGAAAAGCAAAACGCCGAACCCAAAGGUAAACACGAAACGAGAUCUAAUCUAUCACUCCUUCUUCUUUAUCAGAUGUUAGAUGGAUCCUAUGCGUUUGUUUUCUUUUCUUUUGGUGAUUUCUUGGAGUGUUAACAUAAUUGAUGCAAGUCUCGGUGAUGCUGAUCCGAAUUAUAGGCGUUGUAUAAGUCAAUGCCAGGAAACUGGAUGUAUUGGGCCAAAGUGCUUUCCGCCUUGUACUUUUUCAUCAGACGGAGAACUUGUUGGUCGUCCAUGGUACACGCAAGAACCAUUAUAUUUACAAUGGAAAAAAUGGGAUUGUCAGAGCGACUGUCGAUACCACUGCAUGCUUGAUAGAGAGAAAGAAAAAGAAUUACUUAACAUUGGCCCCGUCAAGUAUCAUGGUAAAUGGCCAUUCAAGCGUAUUUAUGGGAUGCAGGAGCCUGCCUCCGUGGCUUUCUCAGCUCUCAAUCUUGCAAUGCAUUUUCACGGUUGGGUCUCGUUUUUCAUUCUCUUGUACUACAAGCUUCCUCUGAAAGACGGGAAGAAGGCGUAUUAUGAGUAUGCUGGUUUGUGGCAUUUCUACGCCCUAUUAUCACUCAACUCUUGGUUCUGGAGUGCUGUUUUCCACAGUAGAGAUGUCGAUCUAACAGAGAAACUAGACUACUCAUCUGCAGUGGUUCUCCUUGGAUACUCCCUCAUUUUAUCGAUCUUACGAUCCUUCAAUGUUAGGGAUGAGGCUACCAGAGUUAUGGUUUCUGCUCCAUUGAUUGCUUUUGUGGUCACCCAUGCAAUGUACCUCAACUUCUACAAACUAGAUUAUGGAUGGAACAUGAUAAUUUGUGUAGCGAUGGCCGUGACACAGCUCACAAUAUGGGCAGUUUGGGCAGGUUUUAGUCAUCAUCCUUCGCGUUGGAAGCUAUGGCUGGUUGUUAUCGCAGGUGGCCUCGCAAUGCUCCUAGAAAUAUAUGAUUUCCCUCCUUACGAAGGACUUCUCGACGCACACGCCCUUUGGCAUGCCACAACCAUUCCUCUAACUUACAUUUGGUGGAGUUUUAUCAGGGAUGAUGCCAAGUUUAGAACCACUAAAUUUCUUAACAAGGCCAAAUAGCUUAGUUGUAAGUGCUUAUUUCUGUAUCAUCAUUAUAGAUUUUAGACAUAAUGAAACAAUUUUUUUAAGCAUUGUUGAGAUUGUAUUCUAUCCAAAAAGUUUAUUAAAAAGAUAGUCAGUUUUCGUUGA